CAUAAGUCAGACUGAAGAGGCAGCCAGCGCUUUUCAACGGUACAUGACCACUCCAGUCACCCCGAUCAGCUGAGACUUUAAUCACACGAACGCUCGCCCGACGCCCGAUUGUUUUGUUGCUUAUAGUACUCAUUCACUUCCUCAUUACAUUGGAAGCACCAUGGGGAAGAAGAGCAACGCAAAGAAGAUUUCAAACCGCAGCACUGGUCCAGCAAAGCUGCUGCCCCAGACCCGAGGGGAGCUGAGCGUCAUUGUCGAUAAUGUAUUUAAACGUUGUACCAAAGUUCCACCGGCCACCACUCCCAGUCCAGCUCAAGAGUGGGCUGAACACCUUGAGAUCUACAAGCUCAUUGAGAAGAUUAGAGAAAUUGAGAAAGAUGUCCAGCUUCCGAAGUAUCCUCGCCUAGAACAAGUAACUCCCUUCAUGAUGUGGCUGAAAGAAAAGAAUGUUACUGUGUCUGGCGUGGAAGUGGUAGAUUAUGGACCACUAGGUCUGGGACUUCGAGCUUGCCGAGACUUGAAGCAGGGAGAGGAGAUCAUUGUGGUACCCAAGGAGGCCAUGAUAACUGAAGAGACAGCCAGGAAAUCAUACUUGGGUCCUCUGAUUGAGCGUGACCCCAUCCUGCAGCACAUGGGCAACGUGUGCCUGGCACUGCAUGUCCUAGGGGAGUACGUCAGUCCCAAUUCACCAUGGCUGCCUUAUCUCCGUCUCCUGCCAGCCUCUUACACCACCACCCUGUACUUCACCCCUGACCACUACCAGGCACUCAAAGGUUCUCCGGUCCUAGAUGAAGCAGUGAAGCAGUUCCGUAAUAUAGCACGGCAAUAUUCCUAUUUUUAUCGCAUCCUGCAGUCAUCUCCUGAGGCCAAGAGCUGGCCCAUCAGGGACUACUUUACCUUUGAUGCUUACAGGUGGGCUGUAUCAACUGUGAUGACCCGCCAGAAUCGAAUUCCCAUGGAGGGUGGAAGCGGCCAGCUGGCCCUCAUCCCUGCAUGGGACAUGGCCAACCAUGAGCAAGGAAUUUACUCAACUGCUUUUGAUGAAGGUGGCAGAGGGUGUCUGUGCCUGGCCCAGCGUGGGUUCAGUGCGGGAGAACAGUUCACCAUCCACUACAGUCAGCGCCCAAACAACGAGUUCUUCCUCCACAGUGGCUUCACGGAUCCAGACAACAAGAAUGAUAGCCUACCCAUCAAAUUGGGAGUAAGUAAAAAUGACCCACUAAACCAGGAGAAGGUGGCACUGCUGGCCUCCUUGGGGCUGCCUGCUUCAGGCUCCUUCAUGCUAGUACCUGGCCUUCACCCCAUCUCUCCUGGCCUCCUUGCCUUCACCAGGAUCUUUUGUAUGGACAAAGACUCCUUGGAUAAGUGGAAGGAAGAUGGAGAGAAGGCACGUGGAUUGAUGCACGAGGAUUGUGAUGUGGGUACUACUGUGGAGGAUAAGACUUGGACCUUUUUGCACACACGUGUGUCUCUCUUGACCCGGGCUUACCCCACUACAGUGCAGGAGGAUGAGGCUUUGAUGGAAGGAGCCUCGGGUCUGGAUGCCUUGCUACGGUCUCAGUUGCUGUGUGAGAAAAGAAUCCUGAAGGAUGCUGGAACUUACCUUAGUUCUCGCACCACCAAGUGAGCACUAGCAGCGCCACAGUAGCUGUGCUGAUAAAGGCUUGCACAAGAGAUCCUUGAUUUGGUUUGUUGAGUGAUUUUGUCUUAUUUAUAUCAGUGAAUGAUGAAAAUACUUAAGAUCUGAAAGAAUUUAGCCCAGUUGAUGUAAAGUUGUUCUUACUCCUUGGUAAUAUUUUCUGGUCAUUAUUUAUGCAGUGUACAUAUGAUACGUAAAUAUAGACAUUGGCUAUAUACUGUUCCAUUGGAGUAUUAUUAUGUAAGUAUCCUCAAAAACUAAUUUUACCAAAGACAGAUUGACUCACCAGAUGCAAACAAGGACUGAUGAAUAAACCAUUACACAGCAA